ACGAACGAUAAAAUUUUUUAGAACAUACAACCCAUGAAACUGACACUCAGCCACCACAUAAUCGUAGCAUUGGUGUCAAUUUCCGUAAUCAUGUUCGUUUUUUACCAGGCCAGGACGAUAAAAAUGCAGGAUGCUCUCAAAAUGAUUUCAUCCAAGUUGGACACGCUCGAAAAUCUCAUUGGACUGAUAAAAAUCAGCGAAAACGAUUCCGAACCGAUUCCUUCCAAUGUGAUCAAAGAGUUGGGCGGAUCAAAAAAGCAUCCUGUGGUUAUCAUUCCGGGCUUUGCAUCCUCUCAUCUUGAGAUAUGGAACAGCGAUGAUCAUGACUUGUGUUUCAAAAAAGUGUGGGGCUCUCUUGAUGGACUGAGACAUAUGCUGAUGGACAAGGCAUCAUUCCUGUCCCAUUUGAAGCUGAAGAGCAAUGGCAAUGAUCCUGAAAACAUAAAGGUGCGUGCAGGCAAGGGUAUAGAAUCGUGCUCGCACAUGCUGCCGGGAUACUGGGUGUGGUCCAAGAUUAUUCGGAGUCUUUCGUUGCUCAACUAUGAUAGUAACUCGUUGAUUGUGUUUCCGUACGAUUGGAGAAUUUCGUUUGAACAGUUGGAGCAGCGAGACGCGUUCUUUACCCGACUGAAGAACGAGGUUGAGAUGUUGUACCGGAUACACAACGAAAAGGUCGUGGUAUUGGGCCAUUCCAUGGGAGCAGUGAUUGCCCACUACAUGAUGCACUGGGUGGAAGAGAAAGAAAAGGGAUGGUGUGACAGGUAUCUCCAGGGACUUGUUAACAUAGCAGCGCCACAGCUAGGGGUUCCUCGGUCGUUUACAGCGAUAAUGUCGGGAGAUUGGGGCGUGCAGACCACCUCAAGGUUCAACUUUUUGAAGAUUUUUUUCUCGCAGUCCGAGCGGGCCGUUCUGCUUCGGAACUGGGAGAGCGUCAUGAAUUUACUGCCAAAGGGAACGAACAGGAUAUGGAAACAUUUUAUUGGGCGGUCUGCAAAGAUGAAUGGGCGAGCACAAGAACAAUCGCAGGAGGAAAGCAAGAACAAACAAACCGACGUACCGCUGGUCAGGUUCACCGACAACAGCGCACGUAUCUAUGUUGAGCAGAUAAUUCAUUUUGUCAAGGUUCUUCUGGGAAGAGACAUUACCAAAAUAAAGUACUUCGAUCCCACAAAGACGCAGCUACCAAAAGCACCGGAGAUGACGAUAUAUUCAUUUUACGGGAUAGAUAGCGAGACAGAGGGUGGAUACUGCUACAAAACGGCGGGUCAAACGCUCAACAACAGAGGCAUACCCUAUUUUAUCGACCGAGAUGCGUAUGACGAAGACAUGAGAUGCAGAAAGGGCGUAUUUGUGGUGAAUGGAGAUGGAACCGUUCCUCUGAUCUCGUUGGGCUAUAUGGGGCGAAAGGGAUGGAAAAACGAACAUAUCAAUCCGGGAAAUGUUAGGACCAUCGUGAGGGAGUACAGGCACAGACCUGUAAAUCUUUUGAAGGACCUGCGUGGUGGCCCAAGUUCGGCUGGUCAUGUUGACAUAUUGGGCAACACAAAUCUCAUAAUUGAUGUUCUCAGGAUUGUCAGCGGUACAGGCGAGGUCAGUGACAGGGUUUACAGCGAGCUUGACGAGAUAAUUAGAGACAUUGAGGAUGAAGAAAAAUCAAUAUGAAAAAAUUAAGUUUAUUUUGUGAAACGGAUUGUGGUCUGCGACCGUUUGCUGUGUUUGUUAAAGUUUGAUAUGCAGAUUUCAUCUUAGUUUGUGAACGAUCUCAGUUCGCUGAAAGCGCUAUGUUUGAUCUAUGAGGGCAUUGCUACUCAAUAUUUUGCACAAAUAUGGUUCGUUCGAUAUUUGCAAGCGUGCUAGAAACGUUGUUCUACCGUCUUAAAACCAAGGAAACGAACAAGACACCGUUUUUGUGCUAUGCCAGUAAUGAUAGAUUUUGGCUACAACUAACAAAAAGUAUACGGUAGAGGAAUGUCCUCCAACUUAACAUAAUGCUGCUAAUCCCUAUAUCGUGUCACGGUAAUGUCACAGCACCCAUAGAUGUUACAGAUGUAUUUGUAUCAAGCCUGAUUAGAUUAGAUGUUAAUCUCACAGAACGUGUGUUGGCCUGUGGCGGCAGAAUAUCUUAAAUGCGGUUUAUUUGUGCAAAAACAAGUGAUUAAAG